GUUUACAUUCUAUCACAGUAAAAUCAAAUAAGAGAAAUGUCUGUUCCGGUAGAUAUAGUAAAGUAACUUCUAGUUUGUCUUGCAAGCACACUGGGAGUCAGCCUAAUCCCGUCUCAGGGAAAAUGAAAAAAAUGAAGAAAAGCAAGUCAACUGUUGUGGGAGAGUCUGAAAAUAAUACUAAUUUGCCAAUAUGCAGUGAACAAGUAUCACUUGAAGCUGUUUGCUCACUACGAGAGUAUAUAAGUUUUCAACCUGCUGCCAAAGAACCCAAAAAUUGGAAUAAUGACAGCAGAUGGACAAGGAUCAAAGAUCAACCAAGCCAUCAUACAGAGAACAAUAAUGUCAAGGAGGAGGGUAUUAUUAGAUACAAGAGGAAGGGUAAUGGUAUAGUGGCUGAUCCAUUGAAGUUGAGUGUUAGGACAAAACGUCUUAAAUUGCCUACCAAUUUAUAUGGGGUGGCUAGGAAGAGCAGGUUGAAUCAUCAGGUUCAAGUUACUCCACAGCUAUCUGCAAGCAGCAGUUUUUCAUGUAUUGAUUCUUUGGUUUAUCCGAAAAGACCAAGAGGAAAAAGAAAGCAGGCUAAUGUGCGAAUUAGUUUUGAUGCACCUACAGUUUUGUGUGUUGAAAAAGAAACCAAUGUCUACUCCGCUAGAAAUCUAGAAGGUCGAGAUGAUGUGGAUAAAUCAUGUUUUCCUCACUCCCCUGGUGAUGCCAUGGAAUUUGAAAACCUUCAUGAUAAGCAUCCCUUAUUGCUGGCACAUGUUGAAAUAUCAUCAAACAAGAGCGUUGCACAAUCAAGUUUAGAAACCCCAGCUACUGUUGCCUCAAGUGAAGGCAUAAAGAUUUCAAACGCUAACCACACAUACUACAAGCGUCACAAAAAGCCCCAUGACAAAAACCAGCCGAAGUCUUCGCUUUUGAAGGAGAUUAUCAGAUUAGGAACUCCUGAGUCCACGUCAGAUACGAUAUGGAAAGAUCUGAGACAUCGAAGAGAUAUGGCAUGUGUCCGAGUUCUGUUUAGCCAGCAUUUGGAUGACAGUGUCAUCAAUCAGCAAAAAAAGAUCAUGGUACGUCUCAAUAUAUCUAUUGCAUCAAGCUCAAUGGAGGCCUCACAUUUCGUAGCAGACAGAUUUACACGGACAAAGAAUAUGUUGGAAACAAUGGCUCUUGGUAAAUUAGUGGUGACACCCUUAUGGCUUGAGAGCUGUGCACAAGCCAACUGUUUUAUUGAUGAGAAACAUUACAUUCUGAGGGAUGAGAAAAAGGAAAAGGGAAUAGGCUUUAGCAUGCCUGUUUCUCUUGCUCGAGCAAGACAGAAGCCACUACUGAAGGUAGUGGAUGAUAGUCAGAUCUAUGCAGACAAGAAUGAUAAUAUCUUAGAUGAUCUAUUGAUUCUUUCUUGUGAAGACGACUAUGCAAUAUGCCACCAUUUCCUUGAGAGAGGAACUGCUGUUUACAGUUCAGAGCUUGUUCUGAAUGGAAUUGUAAUCCAGAAAUUGGAACUUGAGAGGUACGAUACUUAA